ACCACGCGUACUCCGUACUCAUCAUCUAGUUAGCCUUUCGCUUUUUAUCAAUGCGCAAUCCGGCACAUCAAUCACGUCAUUCAGCUUUAAGCAAAGGUCAAAGUCAGGGCCACAGUCAAGGUCAAGCAACAAAGGUUUAGCAUUGUGAGCAUUCCCUCACCAAUGCGGCAUCAUCAGUUCCAUCCUCUAGCAAAUAGCAAAGGCCUGACACUGCCAAGCAGUAAGAGAAAUCAGACUGAUCUCACCAUAAGAGACACUCCCCUGAUCUACUUUUCAGCUUCAGACGAAGUGAACUCCACUAUCGAAAUGCCUACGGUGGUCGUUACAGGAGCCAACUCAGAAGUCGGCAUUGGCUAUGCCUUUGCAAACCUACUGUGCGACGAGGGCUACACCGUAUAUGCUGUGGAUCGAGACCAUGGCGAAGGCCUGAAGAGCCUUGAGUCGAAGGUUCACACUGCGGUCGUCGAUGUGACUUCACCAGAAUCCAUUCAGCAGUUCAAAGAGUCGCUUGGAGACGUGACGGUUGACAUAUUGCUCAAUGUCGCAGGUGUUGCCUCGGGGCCACAAGCGGACAGUCUUACCACGACCAACCUCGAUAUCCUUCAGCGCACAUUUGCUGUCAACACCUAUGGGCCUUUGCUCUUGACCCAAGCCCUUUUACCGAAUGUGUUGAAGUCGACCAGUCCCAAGAUAGGCAUUGUUUCCAGCCGUGUGGGAUCAAUCGGCGACAACAGCACUGGCGGACACUACGCAUAUCGCUCAUCGAAAGCUGCGGUCAACUCGAUUGGCAAGAGUAUGGCCAUGGACCUGAAGGACAAGGGAGUUGUUGUCAUGCUUCUUCACCCCGGCUUCGUAAGGACCAAUAUCUUACCCAAAGAAUCCAUGCCACCUGAGGCAGUCGAGGCUGAUGAAGCUGCGAGGAAGUUGUGGCAUAAUAUCGUGAGCAAGAAAGGAAUGGAGGAUACCGGCAAAUUCUGGCACCGUGAGGGAUUCGAGCUGCCUUGGUAACUACCUAGGUAUAUCUAUACCUGCCACUCGUUCUGGCAGAUAUUCUCUAUCCACCACUACCUUUCACACCGUCCUGUCAAGUGGGUGGUGGAGAACAGCUUAUGAAUCUUGAACCCGGAAUCCAACCUCGGCACAGAGUCGGUGUGUCCUCCGGCUUAUGAGCUCCAUCUCCAAAUCUCUAUCAAUCGUCUUAGAAAUCAAUGCUCGC